AUGGGGAGUGGAAUGACCAAGGUUGUCAAAGGCCUUUAUCUUGGGAACAUCCGUGACUCUGAGGACCAUGAGAGCCUGCAGAGGAACGGGGUGACACACAUCCUCUCCAUCCACAACAGUGCCAAGCCAGUGCUGGAGGACAUGACCUAUCUCUGUAUCUCGGCCUCAGAUUCUUCCAGUCAAAACCUGCUGCAGCAUUUUAGGGAGUGCAUCCGGUUCAUCCAUGAAUGCCGGCUUGGGGGGGGAGCCUGCCUCGUCCAUUGCCUGGCCGGGGUAUCCCGCAGCACCACUGUCCUGGUGGCUUAUCUCAUGACGGUGACCGAGCUGGGCUGGGAGCGCUGCCUGGCUGCUACCAGGGCCGUGAGGUCCUAUGUGAGCCCCAACUUUGGCUUCCAGCAGCAGCUGCAGGAGUACGAGGUGACCUUGCUGCAGGAGUACCGUGCUUGGAUCCGCCGUGACUAUGGCAGGAACCCGUUUAAGGACCAGGAGGAGCUGCAGAGCUUGCUGGCCCAGCAGGAGCAGAGGCAGAAGGAGCAGCAGCUGGGGAGCAGGGAUCACUCCUGGCUCCAUUCUCCGGCUCCCACCUACCCUCUCCCCUACCACGCAGGUGGCACCAGCAGAAGCAGAUGGAUGAACAGAUAAGCAUCCGCCUGCUCCGAGGCAGACAUUGGCCCCUGGGGCUUGGAAAACCCGGUCUUCCCUUUGCCAAGUGCCUCCGGGGGUUCAUGUCUAGGGCAGAAAGCAGCCAGCACCAACCUCAGCUGUGUUUGAGGGUUGGAGCAGGGGGGGUCAGGGCUCACAGACCAUCCCCUUGGCUGCCAGUUCUGUGUGUACCCCAUGACAAGGCAGUAAAUUAGUGGCAGUGUCUUGCUCUGACCUGUUCCCUCAUUCCCAGUGGAUUGCAGCCCCUUUCUCGUCACCCACAGCAGCAGCAAAUCCCAUCUCUCUCUCCAGCAUCAUGGUACCCAGGGCACAUCCGGCAAUGCACAAGGAUGCCAAUGCAGACCUUGGAAAGCCAGGGUGGGAUGAGAUGGGGAGAGGUAAUA